CAUAUGUCGAUACAGCUUUUGUAUAGUCUUUAGUACUAUGUUCGAGCUUGUCCAACGUUGUAUUUCUGCCUAGAUCCUGCUUUGAGAGGCUGUUCUGAGCAUUAUUUCCAGACACACUCGUUAAAGAAAAGACACCUUAUGUGGUCUAAAUAAGCCUGUCACGGCAAAACAUGGCUUUAACUCUUGGUAUGGCCAAUACAACACAAUGGCCACCACGUCCACCGCGAUGCAGCAGUGGAGGAGGACCGAAGUUUAAGCUCUUACAUGAGGGAGACAUUCAAGUCUGUCGAUUAAACCAUAGCAGAACUUUGAUUAGUAAAGUAUUAAGCUCUAAGUUYCUUAGAAGAUGGGAAGCUCAUCACAUUACUUUGGGUGAUUUUCAAAUAUAUUCCUCUACGUUCCCUGCAGGUUUUAUGGACACACCCGUACCAUAUCAUGACAUCCAAGAUGUGUAUACAGUUAACCGAUGGGAUACUGGACAGCAUUUUUGUAUUCGCAUAACAAUUCCUGAUGGAUCUGUGUUAUUGAGGGCACCUAAUGCAUAUUUGAGAGAUCAAUGGUUGCAUUCUAUAAAGUGGAAGGUUAAUCUACAACGAUAUAAAAGAUUAUUGUCCAAAACAAAUGACCAUGAAUCCUUAACAAGAGAAUUAAAGGACUUGGUUUUGUUCUCUCUUACAACACCACUACAAGAUGAUGUUGUAUUUACUGUUCCUGUUAAAAUUGUAUCAGAUAUUUUAGCAAAUCAUUGUGAGACAUUUGGUGAAGCUGCACAAAAGAAGUUAAUAGUGGCUCUUGCACCAGUAUUAGAAUACAUUCAACCAUCGCCAGAAGUCUGUAGUUUCUUCAGUAAACAUUGUAAAGGUCAAUCCCAGUAUUUCAUUGUUCUGGAUAUGUUUCUUCCUGCUGUUCACAGAAUUCUCAAACACAAUAUGGACUUUGGUAAAUUGCCUCACCUUCGCAUGUUUGUUCAAGAUUACAUUUUCACAUUGUACAGCAAGAAUGAAAGUGCAACUGAUGUCCAGGAGUUUGUCAACAGUAUGCACAGUCCUGGUGCUGUAUGUCCUCACCCAAGGGUGUUACCCAACCUUGUGGCUGUAGUUCUUGCUGCUGUGUAUUCAACAUUUGACCAGCCAGAGAUGUUGAUUCAAGUUGCUGAUAUAAACACAAAGUUCUUGUUGUGUUUUAUGACCGUCUUAGAUACUUGUGCCCAGUAUGAAGACUGGAGACCUAGUCUUGCAACUCUUCUGCAGCCAAUCCCAUUCCCUAAGCAAGCUUUGAAGAAUGAAACGUUUGUAUUGUACCUUAGUGGUGUGAUAAAGUUGUUUGCUGAGGAUAAGAGAUGUGAGGUUCAUCAAUCUAUCUUGCCAAUCAGGAAGGGCAAAGAUGGAUGGAUUGACAUGUUUUGUCCUGGAGGGAUUUCCUGUUUUGAUGAAGGACACUUUUUCUCUCUUAUUAUGUCAUUAUUCCUUAACUGCUGCGGUAAAAGAAAGAAAAUGUUGACAGAACUUAAAGAGAUCAUCAUUGGUCCAUUCAUGUUGUUAGCAUUGAGAGGGGACUCUCCCUUUAUAAAUGCCUUGACAUUUAUGCUUGAGGUAGAGAUGCUUGGAGAUGAGAAUGAGAAACUUCAAAUAGUUUCUACAUUGGAGAGCACUGAUGAAGGAAGAGAAUGCUAUGAACAACUUUGCCAGAAAAGAACCAAGUUCAGAGAAAUGAUUGAAAAAGGUGGCCCMACCGUGCUUACUCUUCCUACCAAGUCCACCGAUGCAGAUCUGGCAAGACUCCUGAAAUCUGGUUCAUUUGGUAAUCUAAGAAGUCUAAACCUUGCAUUCACCCAUAUUACAAGUGCAUGUGCCGAGUAUAUUGUACAGCUUCCAGCACUGACACAUCUUAAUCUUUGGUCUACACAAUUUGGUGAUCUUGGACUGCAAAUGGUUGCUGAACACUUACAUCAUCUAGAAACAUURAACCUUUGUGAAACCCCAGUAACAGAUGUUGGUCUGUCAUCACUGGUUGUGAUGACAAGCCUGAGAUAUCUCAAUCUUAACAGUACAAAACUGUCUCCUGCCCUUUAUGAAAGGCUKAAGAAACUGCCCAAUCUCAUUGAAAUAGAUGUAAGAUACACAGAUGUAUAGAGACUUGCAAUGUGUAAAGAAGAUUACACGUCAUGUUGAGAUUGAGUGACAGAUAGAGAUACGUCUCUAGUUAUGCUAACACUUUGCGUGUUUGUCAUUCAUUUCAAUUCAAACCCUGUGGAAAUGAUAAUGUUUCCACUUUUAAAGAAUAUAUGAGCUCAAAAUACUACUGCACUUUAAGGCUCAUUAACCAAGUGUCACCAGAUUAGUUGAMAACAUAUUAGAAAAUAGUGUAGUAUGCAACAAGUGCAUGAUAGCAUGCAUCUCCUGAACCUCCUUUGAGGAUUAUUGUAGCUCUAUAUGGAUGUAAUGUACUUUAGAGAGAUUUAUCUAGUUGUGUGUCUUUCAAGGGUCAUACAUGACUGGUAAUGCACUUGACACUCCUUAUAAACCUCUAGCUAUUUACAGCCAAUGAGUGCUGUAGUUAGCUGUCCUUAAUAUUGUGGAGAAAUCURCAAAGUUUUAUCAAAAUAGAUAAGUUAUUGUGUGAAGUAUAUUGUAUUAUAUUAUUGUGUUAGUAAUUGCCUAUAUUGAUGACUCCUAUAUAAUAUGAAAGAUAGCCAUCCGUCUUUCACUAUUUAGCUAUUCAUGCAUUUGGYCUGGAUUUAAACCAUUUUCCAUGAUUAUUAAUCUAGUUUCCAGCUCUUUUGAUUUACCAAUUUUUUUAAUAUCAUUGGAUAUAAAUUAUUCAGAAUUGUAAAAAUGGGCAUSAAAGAAAGUCCAAUAGAUUUAAUAAUAUAUGAAUGUAAAUUUAACAGUAACAAUUUAUUAUUAUUAGAGCUAGGAUCCAUGGUUUAUAUAGAGUUGACCAGGUUUUUUGUCAUUGAGAGCAAUCAACCUUUAACCCAGGCCUGACUUGCACUAUGCAAACAUCUGUUGAAUAAAGUUGUUCCGUGAUAUAUUAUUCACCAACUAUCUACUGGUAAGCAGACAUAGUUUUUGUCAGAARGUAGAUUGAUACAGUGAUGUAGAUAAUAGCGAUCAUUAUUGAACUGUACAUUGAAAGUAAACAAGCAAUAUUGUAAAGUGACUUACUCAUAUCGUAYGGAAAUCAUAUAUUAAAGAUUUACAAACUGA